AUGCUGCGCCUGCGGCAGCUGCACGAGGCGGCCCUGAGGCGGCUGCUCCCGCCCGCCGGGGGCGCCGCCGCCAAGCCCAAGGCCUCCGAGGUGCUGAGCCGGCACCUGCGGCAGCGGGGCCUGCCCCACUGGACCUCGUACUGCGUGAAGUACAGCGCCGUGCGCAACGACCAGUUCGGCCUCUCGCACUUCAACUGGCAGGUGGACGGCGCCAACUACCACGUCCUGCGCACGGGCUGCUUCCCCUUCAUCAAGUACCACUGCUCGCGGGCCCCGCGCCGCGACCUGGCGCUGCAGAACGCCGCCUUCACCGCCCUCAAGCUCCUCAACGCGGGCAUCCCAACUUUAUUAUAUGGAAUUGGCUCCUGGUUUCUUGUUAGUGUCACAGAGACUGUUCACACAAGUUGUGGCCCAGUUACUAUUUAUUUUCUGAAUAAAGAAGAUGAAGGUGCCAUGUACUGAAAUGGUGCAUUCAAGCACUCUCAUUUGUUACAAAAAAUGUUCCUGUUUCGGCAGAGGCAUGAGAUGAAUAUUGGAGUCAAUGAAGAUAAGAUAUUAGCAGCUUUGGAAAAUGAGUGUACUUUUCUACUGUCCUCAAAAGCGUUAGCUCUAAAGACAGUGAUUGAAAUGCUUAUUGCUGAGAAGAAACUUCUGAUUAUUUAAAAAAAAAAUCUCUUUAUUUAUAUACAUCGGAUAGGUUAUGAUGUUUGUAAUGUAAACUGAAGGCAAGGAACACAUUCUCCAAAAACAUUACACAUAAUUGUAAAUGAUGAGAGUUUUAGACUCUGUGCCUAGGUGUUCAACAAUAUAUAAAUUGUCCUAGUACCUAAUCAGAGUCUGAAGGAAUCUGUAAUAGCACCCUUCUUUUAUCCAGAUGUAUUGAAAUGCUCUUUUAACCCCCACCCCACGAAUUAGAAUACUGCAUAUUCCAUUAAUGUGGAUGUAUCAACUGAACAUUCACAUCUAAACCUAUUUUAAAAGAAAACAUCUGAAAACUGGUUCCACCUUUUUCUUUCAAUAUCUGAAUUCAGAAUUCUGUUUUCUCUUUGGUUAUAGUUGGUUUAAUCUCUCACAUCUAAAAGAAGCGGUCUGAAAGAAGCAGUUCCCCACACUGCUUUACAGGUCUGAGGGUAUUGAUCCCUUUAACAGUGUUUAUUGUGAUCAGACCAAGAGUUGCUAAACACCGCUUUAUCCUCGACAUAUGCUCUUGCAAAAUUUUGUAAACCGCUUAGCACGUGAUUGACAAGCCUCUGAAAAGUGGCUCCUGCAUUAAUUAACCCAAAUUGUAACACUUAGAAUUCAUAGUGUCCCAUAUCAGUAAUAAAAGCAGAUAUUUUUUCUGUGCAUUUUUUUCUAAAGGGAUCCACCAAUAAUCUUUUGCGAGAUCAAACAUGCUAAGACAUCUAGGUUUGCUCAAAAUAUCAAACAUACCAAUUCUGGGCAUAAAAUAAACAUCUGAAACACUUACAGCAUUGAGUUUCGACACAAAACCUUACAGUUUUAUCUUACUAGCACAAUGGAUGAGGUUUGGCCUGAGAGAGCCUUGAGGAGUUUGCUGGUGAGGAAGAUAGACUGGUAUGGCUGGGGUCUGACAAGUCUGAUCAUCAGCAAAAUUCACUCUUGCUGAGGGCAAGGGGUGGCACACAGUGGCUCACAGCUCUAGGUAUCCCCAGCAGCGUGUUACAACAUGCAAAAGACUUUUUUAAAGGAUAAAAUCAGUAAUAUGACCAAUAUAAUUAACUGAUGCAAAAUACAACAUACAUAUUCUUAUUGAAAAUUAUUUGUAAGCAGUGAACUGUUCCAUGCUUUAUGAAAGAAGUGUGUCUCCUUGUCUAAAAGCAACACUAAAUAAAACUUUAGUCAAAGGAGCACUUAUUCCAGUAUAUUUAGUAGUGAAGAAUAUUCUUGACACAAGUUGAAUAAAUAGCUUUCACAGAAGAAGAGAUAGUGUUACAUUAAGCUUCAUUAAUAAUAAAACUCACUAUUAGCAUUUUGCUAGAAUCGCUAGAACUGAUUUCCUUUGUAAUGAGCAAAAGUUAAAUAACUACAGCUCAUAAGUUUGAAGUCAAAUACUGCUCAUUCAUUGCUACUGAUCUUGUCAAUACUUUGCGGUAAAGGUUUGGUCUCAACAGGAGGCUGAUAAAAUGGUUUUUAAUUACCAGACUAUAAAUACAGCUUUUCAUUGGAGUUGCACCUCCAUUCACUGCAGCUUGUUUGAUUUCUGAUAAUGUGUACUGCUGACUUUGC